AAACAAGCCUUGUUGGAGAAAAAAAUGGCUUAUCAUUUACAAAAAAUGCAAGAUAUGGGCUUUAAAGAAGAUGUGGGAAAAAAUACUUUUGAAAGCAGAGGACAAGAUGGAACACUUUCUUCUCCACAGAAGAAGAAGAAAUCUUUGGAUGACAUAAAAGUAGUUUAUGCUAAUGGUGAACAGACAGGAUCUAAAGAAGCACAUGGUGCUAUAAACAUGUCAAAUCAAGAGUCAGUUGUUUCAACUCAAACUUCACCCACAAAAAAUAACCCCAAAAUUUCACAGUCAGUUUUGAGUCCUCAAAAAGAAGAGAAGGAGGCGAAUGGUGACUAUAAUGAGAAACCAGGCAAAAGAUCAAGCUACCUCUGUGAAACAGCCCCUCAGACUCAGGCUACAGCCUCUGCAGCCCAGGGUAUUUUUUCUUCUCCUGUUUACUCAAAUACAAAACAGAACCUUCUACAAAAUUGCUUGCAAGAAAAAGUGACCUCUGAUGAACUGAACAGUAUAAUUCAGAAUGUAAUGACAUGGGUUGUGGCUACUGUGACUAGUAUAUUAUAUCCAGCCAUCACGAAGUAUGAAGAAAGGUUGCAAAAUAAUACAUGUCCAGUGCCUGAUGACUCUGACCUUUCAUCUGAUAGUUCAAGUUUCUGUAGCACCUGUAGUGAGGAGUUCACAUAUGGAAGCUACACAUCUGCAACAACUAAAAUGUUUCAGGCAGAACCCUGCACAUUUACUGGUGACACACCAGUAAAGAGACCGGUCACACCUUCAAAACCUCCUUCUGCCCACGUGGAAAGGAAAGCUGUGGGGAAAACACACCAAAACAAAGGACAGUCUAUAACUUCCCACCGCAAAUAUAACAAAGCCAACUUCAUUUAUUCAUACCCUAAGCUCAGAAGUUGUAAAUCUGAUAGUCAUCUUUUAGCAUCACUGGAAACAGGCAGAAGGAAAUCUAAGGAUGCUACUACAGAAACAGAUAGUUUAGAGACUCCAUUGAUUUGCGAUAAAAAAACAAAAGCCAUGGAUGCGAUGAAGAAUUUAAAGAAUGUUUUUGUUAACUUUAAAUGUCACUUGAAAGGGGAAACUGAAAUGAUUUUAGAAAGCAUUUUUCAAGAAAUAAUGUCUGACUUAACCCAGGCCAUUCCUUCGCUUUCUUCUGUUACUGCCGAAGUUUUUGUGGACCAUGAUGAGACUGAAAAAGAAGACUUGCUCUCCAAUGUUGAUAUCUGUUCAGUAGCAUCUGAAAUUGUGGAAAAUAUGCUUGAGAAGCUAGAGUCUGCAGUUGAGAAAAAAUGUGUUGAGAUGUUUUCACAAGAAGAUUUGUCAGUUGACAUUAAACCAAGUUUAUCAACCAGUGGGGAAUAUUUCACAUCACUAAAUGGAAAACCUUCAGAAGAUUCACUGUGUCAUUCUUUGGAACCAAUGUGUGAUAUUGCAGAGGAUAUGGUACAUGCCAUUUUAGAAAAGCUUCUGGCUCUUGCAAGCUAUAAGAAAAAGGAGUCUCCUCUUGAAGACGAAACAUGUACAGGCUUUCACAGAGCUGGCAAAAAGAAAUCUAGUCCUGAAGCUAAUGUGACAGCUAACUUAAUAGUUAAAGAAAAAAUACAAAACUUAAUAUCAAAUAUUUUUUCCCAGUCCUCUUUGGUAGGUUAUAUAGAGGAAGCAAUCAGCACUAUACUAGGUUAUGUACAAACUGAACUUAAUAGUGAGAGACUUACUGCAUCUGAAGAAACAGUAAUACUCCUUCAGUUACUUGAUGAUAUGUUCACUCAGCUCCAUUCAGAACCAGUAAAAGCAGUUUCUCAAAAAAGUAGACAGCCUAGACCAAAAUAUCCUUCUGACACUGAAGAAAAGUAUAGACUCACUGGCACUAGAAUAUCUAGUGGUCCUAGAUCUAGAAGACCAUUUCCACCUGUUAAUGUUCCAGGCAUGGUCCUUUAUUCUGAAGAUGAUAAUGAAGAAAUAGACAACAUUGUAAAAAAUGUGCUUGAUUCAUCCUUCAAAGAUGAAAAAGCAAAAUCACAAGAACAGAUUCCUAAUCAUGGGUUUACAAAGGGAAACAUUAAUUUUGAAUGCAAAAGAAAGAAUAAAUCACCCACAAAGCCUGCCUCUGGAAGCCAAGGUACAUUUCAUGAAUGGGGAUUAAAGGUUGAGUUACCAUCUCUUAAUAAUGAAGACAUUUUAAAGGAAAAGGCAUUUUUGAAUAAAGACAUUUCAAUUUUCAGCCAAGACCAAAAGCAUCAAAUAAUAAAGGCUUCAGAAAACAUGGUGAAAUGUAUUUUAACAGAAAUGCUAAAGGAUAUAUCUUCUGUUUCUCUUGGUCAUCUAGGCAGCAAAUUUGGUAAAACACUUUCAGUUUUUGUUUCAGAAGAAUCUGAAAGACUGUCACAUCAGGAAUCGAUGGACCAGAUGUUCUCUGUGUCAGAAAUUAGUGCAGUAGCUCUAGAAAUAACAGAUGCUGUGUUAAAUAUACUUCAUAAGGCAUCAAUUUACAUUCCUAGUACCAGUACAAGUUCCAUUUCUUCUGACACUCCCAACAUAGUCAAAGAAGCACCAAAUAAAAAGCCAUUAAAUGUGUGGUUUGACAGUGAAAAGAAAAUGAAAUAUUUAUCUUCACUUGAUGCAGAGCCUGCAAAGCCCUUCUGGUUAAGAUCUGAAGAAAAUGAGCCUCAGUGUGUAGGUGACAUUACUGAUAAGAUCAUUAAUACAGUUUUUAAAAGGCUGAAGUUAUUUGUUUGUCGAAAAUUGCAAAUGAACCUCAAACCUGCACUUGCAAAGAAAUCUUCAUUACAAUCUCAACUUAGCACUUACACAACUAAAAUAGUAAACAUUGUUUUGCAAGCUAUCCAGAAUGAAUUGGAAUUCAACAAGAAAAACCUAAGCCUUAGGGAGACAGACCAUACCAAACCACUUAUGAGUAAAGAAAUGUUUGCUGAUUCUGAUAAGAAAUCUCUUGUCACAAAUCUCAGUGAUGACUUUAUGGAAAGUCCAUUAUUGACCUGUAUUUGUGAGAUGUUAUCAAAUGAAAAUGAAGAUCAAAGAAAUAUUUCAGUCCCUUCAGAUAAACUAAGGUCUGCAACUUUACAUGGAUCUGACAAUGUAAAUAAACAGAGCAUUUUGCCAAGUAGACAGGAUAAAAAAUCUUUUUACAAAUAUUUGGCUACUCCUUGUAUGGUUCACAGUAUCAUUGAUGAAAAAGAUCUCAAAGAGAAUUCCAAUUUGCAAGUUUUAGAUAGAAUUGGGGAAACGCUACAUGAAAUGUUGAGCAAACUCACAGGUUCCCAUUCUGACUCUCAACCAUCUUGUACUCAGCAAAUCAAAGAUAAGACAAACAAGGAUCAUUCAAUGACUGCUACACCACAGUCUAAUAUUCCACUCAUUUCCAAAACAAUUUUGGAAUACAUCCUUGAAAAAUUAUGUAGUGUUAACAUGGAUACUAAUUUUACAAGUUCUGGAUUUAAAGCUGUCUCAGAGUCUCUUGACAUUGACAACCUAUCAUUUGCUUCAAUUAUUGAUGAAAUGGCCAAAUGCACCAAAAUAAUUUCCAGCAUAAUUUCCAAUCUGAAACAAGGUAACAAAGAGGUGACUAAAAGCAAGGCAAAAAAUUUUGCUCCUGUGUCUUCCAAAACAAAAGCCUCAAUAGAAAUGCACCCAAAUAAACUGAAAGCUGUUGCUUCAGAUAUUCUUACUAUGGUUUUUGAUAAACUGGAAGGAUUUGCCAAUGGAAAUUUAGACACUCCAGGUGUUGCUCAUGAUGAAAAUAAAAAAGACAACAGGACAGACUGGGAAUGUGAAAGCAGCAGUACUUUCACAGAUACACCUGAAGAAUCAUUGCAGUCUGCUUUAUACAUGAAUGCAAAGAAGGUAUCAAGUGCAAUUUUGAAAGCCAUUCAAACAGAAUUAAAUGUGAACUCAUCAGGUCUUAGGACAAGUGAAAAAAACUCACCACCUGAGACACAGAGGUUUACAAAUAUAGUGGAUUUAAUUUUAGAUGCAGUAUCCUCAGAUAUGUUUAAUGAAACUGAAGACAGAGGCAUGGAAGCAUAUCGAUACCGGCCAACCUACGGAAAUUUUCUUCCUGGAGGAGCUGAGUCAGAUUCAUUUCGAGAAGAUGAUACCCAUACAAAAGAAGAAUUCAUUAGAGAGAGAACAUCACCAACAGAGGAAACUAAAACACACCGUCCUAAACAAUGGGUUCUAGAAAGAACCUUAAACAAAAUUGAAGUGAAGCUCAAAGAACCACAUAAAUCUCCAAUUGUUCCCAUUAUAAGAAACAUUUUGAAUGAAAUUUUUCGAAGUCCUUUAGUCAACCAAUUAAAUGUGCUUUCUCUCUCCCACCCUCAUUUUAGUGGCAUGCCUUACAAUGCUCAUGAGUCAACUGCUGAACCAUCUGCUCAAUUUAUGGAUAAAAUGAUGGGUCCUUUAGUAUCUGAAACAGAUGUAAAUAUAGUGGCAAAUGAUGUUGUUAGAACUAUAUUUCAUAAACUUCUUUCAGCUGCCAUGAUAGAAAAAAAUGUAAGUGAAAAUCGAUGUGAAACCAUCACUUUUUCAGCAAAUGUGUCUGUUCAUGAACACAGCUAUGGAAGAAACUCCUCUGUCACUCUUUUGAACAGAAAUCCAUGUACUCUUCAAUCUGGAUUUCAUAUUGACAGACAAACCAAAGUAAAUGUUGGUGAAGAUAUUGUACAAGAAAUAUUAACAAAUUUAGAAACUUUUGCUACUUCCAAAGUAAAUUCUCUCUUUUGUUCCAAAGUCAACUUCACAGUCCCAGUGACUUUACCUAUUCAGCAGGAUGAGAGUACAUUAAGCAAAACAUUAUCAGCCAAAGAUUCAUAUUCCGAUGAGCAAUUUUCCUGUUAUUCAGUGGAUCAUAUGAAGUCAGGAAGUACCAACUCAUUGUGUCACUUGUCUUUGUCUAGAUUAAAUAUUUAUGCAAAAGAAGUGGCUACAAAAGUUUUACAAGGAAUCAAGCAUGAGUUAGAUAAAGAAAGGGAUAGUCCUUUUGUAGCUCAUAACAUUGUGGUUUCUGAAAGUAUUGCAAGUCAGGUUGUUAAUACAGUGCUAGAUAUUGUAUCAUACAAAAGCAACUAUGAAAAAAACAAUCCUUAUAGAGAGAAUGAUUCAGAUCAACAAGACAGUAUUAUUGAAAAGUUGUUCAAUAAAACUGAAUAUCAAAAAAUACUUCAGUUUCAAAUUCAAGAUACCAUUGAAAACAUCUUAUGUGAUAUUUAUGAAAAAAUUCUGUAUCAGAAUAAUCUCUCAUUAGCCACACACACUGUGAAAUGUAGCACAAGUGGCAAACAUUUAGAAACAAAGUCUGAAAUAUUCACUGAGGGAGCAAAUAAGAUCAUUCCUAAACUUUCAGUUCCUAAAUCAGAUGUCAUAUUGCUAUCCAGAGAUACUGUGGCUAUUGUUCUUCAUAAUCUCAGUUCUGUUGUCAUGCUUGUCAUAAAUUCAAAGUUUCCUGCUUCUACAAGAUUGCCGUUUUGUGAUACAUUUCCAAAAGCAGAAUGUCCACAGUCUCUUUUUAUGGGGUCAAAAAGUGAAGGAAAAACUGAGAGUUUUCUAUAUUCAAGAAAUAAGAAAUCACCUUAUGCUGAUGAUCAGAUAGUUAUAGAGGAGGAAGAAGAACCCAAGAAAUCUGCUCCUGACAUAAAUGAGGAAAAUGCUCAGUUCAUUACUGAAGCUGUUUACGAUCGGUUACAAUCUUUUGCUACAGAAAGAAUAGAUUCAUUAAUUACUCUUGCUUCUAAGGAAAAGUCAUUUGUUAGUCCAGAAUUGGAAAAUCAUAAACAAGAUGACAGCAUAUUCCAUGACUCAAGACAAGGUGGAUCUGAUGUGAAUAUCCUGAAAAUAUCAACAACUAAAACCAUUCUCAGCCAAGGGCUUACAGAAUCCACUUUUGCCAGUUAUAGGGAAAAACUUGGAUCCACAAUUCAUUUAUCACAAGCUAGCCUUAAGGACUAUGCUGACAUCAUUGCCAAUGCUAUUUUAAAGCUUAUUAAAAAUGACUUAGAGAUAGAAAUCCAAAAGACACAUCCAUAUCCAAACAACAUUUUAUUCCAAAAAAAUAUCAUUGUGAAUGAAACUGUCAACAGUAUCUUAAAUAUUUUAUCUAAUAAAAAAUCUGUAAAGGAAAUUAGUUUUCCCUCAAAAGAGAAUCAUAAUUGUUCACAGUUAACUGUAUCAAAUGAAAUAUUCCUAGGACAUGAAGAGAAAGAAAAAGAAGAGAAAGAAAAAAAUACCACACCAUCAGUUACAAACUCUCCAUUAGAACAAAAGCAAGUAACAUUAGAAAAGGAAAGCCAGAGAAUUAUUCUGGAAGAAAUAUUCAUGAGAAAAGGAGAAUCAAAACAAAAAGAAAAAACUGAAUUGCUUAUUAUGUUGGAAGAACUUUUGAAUAAAUUGUUUCGACGAAUAAUGGAAGUCAUGGUCCAUUUGCCCCCAUUAAAUGAAAUUCCUCUCUUCUCAUCUAAUUUAACAAUCAAAGCAUCAGAUAUAGCACAAAAAAAUUCCUUUCAAGCACAUAUUAACAGUGUAGCAAAUGAUAUAGUUCAAAGUGUUUUAGGGGAAAUGUACUCUGUUGUCAUAACAUCAAUUCACAAAAGUAAUGAAAGUAGUGAAGAAACUGAAACACCUGACAACAAUAGUACCUCACCAAUGAAAGCAGUAUCUUUUAGAGAAAUUAAACAAGCAAGAAAAAGAAGGAAUCUCCCUAGAUAUGAGAUACCACAAAAAUAUCCUUAUACAGACAUUCAGAAUGCUUCUGUAUUAGAAAACACUUUUUUGCAAUAUUCUCCAAUGCAAGUAAGAAAAGAUUUAGUUCGAAUGGUUCUUAAUAAGAUCACAAAUUUUGUUUCAUUCCAUCUGGAAGAGAGUUUAUCCCCUGAGGCUUAUACCGAUGAGUUGCAACUUCUUAGAUCACACAAUUCUAAAGUUAGCCCUAAGGACAGCCCUAAGCUAGGUUUUAAGGCAAAUUUAAAAGCAAGAUCAAAAAUUACCUCUUUGUCUAAACUCAAAACAAAACCACACCUGGGACCUAGUGGUGGCAAGACAAAAAGCAAGACCAAGUUAGUUACUGGAGCGAAGAAUACAAAAGACAGCCGGUCCAAGACUGCCAUUGGGCUGCCGCACAUCUUAUCAACAGGUGAUGCCAAAAGCGUACUAAAAACAAAAUUGCCCACUUUGGAACUAAAAGUGUAUGCUAAGGAUAUAAUAACUAAUAUUCUGGAAACAAUUAUGAAUGAACUUGAAAAAGUGACACAAAGGAGAGCCAUGGAAAAUAGAAAAGAUUUACCAUCUGAUGAAAUCAUGGAAGCAAGAAAAAUAGUUGAUACAGUUUUGCAAGAAUUAUAUACUACAAGUAAUCACAAUUAUCUAGGUGAAUUAUCACAUCUGGAUGAUUAUAAACUCUCACAGCAGAAUUUAGGUAUAGGGUCUUUUGCUAAAGAACAAACAUGUUUUUACUUAGAUAAUGUUCCCUCACAGCUAGAGCAGAUUUUCCCUAAAGAUGGUAUAUUUAAAAAAAUGUUUGACAAAUGGCAAACAGAAACAAAUGAUAUGGAAAAUGAAAAAAUUAAGCUAUUAAUAUUAGCUGAAAAUGUUUUGACUGAAAUUUCAAUAAAGGCAAAAGAUUUAGAAUAUUCACUUUCACUUUUAAAUUUGCCACUUCUUGAGGAUUGUGAAAGCGGGUUCUCUAAUUACUUUAAAGGUAGUUCUACUAGACCUGAGGAUACAAAAGCACAAAUUACUAUAUUUGGAAGAGAAAUUGUUGAAAUGCUAUUUGAAAAAUUACAGCUGUGCUUUUUGUCCCAGAUACCCACUCCAGACAGUCAAGAAACUCUAACAGAAAAGAAAGAUCAUGUCACUGCUAAAAGUAAACAUGGUUUUCCAACCAAGCACACCCUCAGCACUUUACCAACCUAUAAUGUGAAGACAAAAGAUAAAAUUUCUAUGGGCUCUAGCAACCAAAUUGUUCAAGAUAUUGUAGAAAGGGUCUUAAAUAUAUUGGAGUCAUAUGUGGACAUACAGUUUAAGCAUAUCUCUAAAUUUGAGUUUUCUGAAAUAGUGAAAAUGCCCAUAGAAAACCUUUCUCAAGUCCAACAGAGACUAUUAAGCAAAAAGACAUUGCCAAAAUUACAACCACUGAAAAAGUUUUCUGAUGAAACCAAAUCAAAUAGUAUUAUUUCCAAGGAAAAUAUUCAGAAUACUUUCCUGCAGGUUCAUUCGUUCCAUUCAGAAUUAUUUACUUAUGCUGUUAAUAUUGUCAUUGACAUGCUUAGUAUAAUAAAAAAUAAGCUAGACAAAGAAAUAAGCCAAAUGGAACCAUCCUUAAUUAGCAUAUUGGAAGAGAAUACUGUAGCAAGUGAGAUUAUUAGCACACUAAUAGACCAAUGUAGUCAUUUCAGUGAGUCUUUGAUCAAAAACCUUCCAAUGAAAGAUUCCUGUCAAGGGACUGAAAAUGUUUACAUUGUUAAUCAAGUUGAAUUAGCAUCUAAUGUGAAAAUGCCCACAUCAAAGUUUAAAGAAGCUUGUUUGGGGCACAGUGCUCCACAAAGGAAUGUACCCGACAUGGUGUGUUAUUCAGAAGAAGAUGUGCAAAAAAAAUACAGAGUUUCAUCAAAUUCACAUUCGUGUGUGAGUUCCUAUGUAAAAGACACAAUUAAAACCUCAGAGUCAAUAGAAUGUUCUGAUUCAAAAAUCAUGCCAUCAUGUUUGAGAAACAAAGUACAAGACCAGAGCCCAAGGAAACCUAAUUUUGGACAUUGUAAUGAAACCAUGAACGGAAACAACACUCUCCCUGAAGGCACUGUCUUACAAAAACUGUUUAAGAAAGCAAAUGAUUCCACAGAAGAAGGUUUAAAACAAGCCAUGUCAUUCAUAGGAAUGGGAAAAGGUGAAAAUCCAAAAGUAUUUCAUUAUAAGACCCUAAAACCUGUUGUGGAACCAAAUGAAAUUCAGACAACUGUGUCUCCACUCAAAAUAUGUUUAGCUGCAGAACAUAUUGUCAAUACUGUGCUAUCCAGCUAUGGUUUCCCACAUCAACCACACACUAAUGAAAGUAUGGAAUCAAUGAAGCCAUUUUUCAUAUCACAGCAAAGUCCUUUGUCUGAAAUAGCUGAAAGACAAAAAAAUACAGACAAGAGUUUGCUUAGAACAUGGUGUAAAAAAGUCAGCUAUCUACCUGAAGAAGAAAAGAAAAACCCUGAACCCUUCAGAAAAGAUUGUUCUUUAUUACAGAAAUGGCAAAAGAGAAACUCAACAAUAAAAAUCGAAACUUUGAAGGAACUUGAAGUUAUUGCUUUUGCUGAUCAUGAACUGGGUCCAAAUGAAAUUCAUUUGGUAGCAAGACAUGUUACUACAUCUGUGGUCACGCAUUUGAAGGACUUCAAAAGUAGAGUUUCCACUGUGGAGAAGAUAUCUCUUGUUUCUACACUGUCGAGGAAAAACUAUGAAUCAAAACAUCUUCUAAGAAGUAUAUACAAUAAUUCUUCAAUUUAUCAGUUUUGUGAACAGCUCACUGAAUCAGUCAUUUGCCAUUUAAACUCAAGCAUUUCUGAUGGCACCAAAGUAUGUAGAGAAAAAGAAAAAGCAUGGGAAAUCCAAGAUGCAGCAUUUAAUACAAUUGUUUCAGUUCAUUCUCAAGUAUUCGAGGGCAGGUCAAUUAGUAUUGGAGAACUUGCUUUAAGUAUUUCUGAAGUCAUCAUUUUAAUUCUUUCUAGUGGUAACAUUAUAGAGACUGAAAAUGCACAGCAAAUUGUUUCCAGAAAAACAAAAUACAUUUACUGUCCUGGAAUAACUUCUUCUGACAUUGAUGAUUUCUUUCAGGAUCUCUUAUCAGGAGUGAUCCAUGUAAUGUCCAAAGAAAUAGGAAUCAAUCACCACUUUGGAAACAAUGGAAGAAACAAAUCAUUUCCCACACUUAGAAGAAAUAGUGUGUACAUCUGUAACAAAACAAAUACCAUGGAAAGCCAGACAGGCCCCCAAGACCAGAAUUCAUCUAUUCAUCAAAUUGAUCACCUUGUUCAAAAAAAUAAGUUAAAUUAUCUAGCAUAUAGGUUAGAUAGCCUGAUUGGUAGCCUGAAAACACAUGAAUCCAAAGAAGUAGUCAAUAAAGUCUUUAAUAUUGUUUUAGAUUUGUUUUUGCCAGACGAAUUCUCACAUAGGGAUAUGGACUCCAGUAAAAUACCAAGGACAUUUUUCUCCUCCUCAAAUAAUCAACAAAGUAAUAGGAUACUUAGAAAUAGCCUAGGGCUCUCCCCUAAAUCAGUUUUUCUUCUCAAUGUUGUAUGUGAGAAACUAACUAGAAUACUUCUAGAAAAAUGCACAGGCACUCUUUUCCUUGAGGAAGGCCCUUCUAAUGAAAUACCAGCAGAAGAAUAUGAACUUUUAAAAAUACUUCAACAUGUAGAAGAUGGAGAUUUCAGUUAUCACAGCUCAAUGGACUGUGAACAACUUCAAGAAGAUUACAUGUCAGAUCUUUUGGAAAAUCUGGCAGAAAUGGACCAAGAUUCAUUGUCAUCAGACUGUAUACUGACUAUUAUUUCCCACAGCUUGGUUAAAUCAUUGAUGGAUAAAUUAUCUCACAGUUUAUCAUCAGCUCCUGAAAGUCCACAUUUUGAAAAUAAAUAUUUGAAAUACAGAACAAGAGAAAUAAAGUCUAGUUUCACAAAAGCAAAAAGGCCGGAUUUCAUAGAACUGGGUCAAGGUAAAGGCUCUUUAGGAUCCAUGAGUUGUGACAGUAAUUCUUUGACCAGAUCCCUGAAUAAUUCUAGUGUGGCUAGCUUCAAAAUACAAGUACCACUUGGCAAGCAAUGUGCAGUAAAAUCCUCUUCUUUGUCACCUCUUGUUAGACAGGAAACAAAGGAAAGGGAUACCAUUCCUAACAAGCUAUUUCAAAGAGGUAUGAGCACAAGUGUUUAUUCAGCCACAUUUUUGGAAGAAAUAAUUUCAGAAUUGUUUUUUAAUCUCUCUAUAUCACUGUGGGGGAAAAAUGCAAAAAUCACUGAAGUCCAAAUCAAUGAGAUGAAUACAUUAUUUGUCAACGAUGUAGUGAAUGAGUUUAAUAAGGCACAAGUCACUGUUCUGAGGAAUGCUGAAGAAAGUCUGUGUUUUCCACCAAUCCAUAAAGAAACUGUUAGUAAAAUUGUUGACUCGGUUUAUUAUGAUGUUUUAGAACAAUAUGAAUUGAAAGUGACCUGUUGUAAUAAUCUGGCCUAUGAUAAUACUUCAAUAGUGAAACAAAUAUCUAAUAGCAUAUUGGCAGAAAUUUUAGACUACCAACUCCCAUCUAACAUGAGAAAAAAGCUCAGACCUCAUUCAUAUUACCCACUGGAAGCUGAAAUUAUACUGCAGAAGCUUCAAAAUAACCUAAGAAAAUUUAUUUCCCAACCUAGAUCUUCAAAAGGUUAUAGCACCAUGUUACCACACUCAUUUUUAGAAGAUGUCAUCAGGAGACUUUUGUCUCAGCUCAUUCCUCUUUCCAUUAAGCCUUCUUCUUUGGAAAACAAAUAUUUAAUGAGUUCAGAUUUUAAUGAAAUGUCCACCUGUAUAAUAAAUAAGGUUAUGUCAGCUAUUUCAAAGCAUAAAAUCUGGUUCACCAUCUAUGAUAAUUAUUACCUAUGUACAGGAAAAAACCUCCAAAAGAUGGUGGAUUCAGUUUAUAGUAAUAUUUUACAAAUGUCUGACUCUGUUGUUUCAAUACAGAAAAGUAUAAUCAGCCGAAGUCCCAUUAUUAUUGACCGAAUAACCAGUUUCGUUAUCCAAGAGAUUAUUGAAAAUCAUCUUCAACCUUUUUUGUGUGGAGAGGCUUUACCUCGUCCAAAGACUCCACUGGAUGCAGUAUCUAUUAUGGUUAAAGAAGUACUCAGUGAAGUCAUAGACACAAACAGACCCCAGAAGCCCAUACCUGUAGGUGUUUACCCUGAUACAUUUGUAGGGGAAAUUGUUGCCAGACUUCUAUCAAAGAUUUUUAGCACAAAACCUCAGUCCGAAGUAGAGCUGGAAAACAUGACCCAAAAAAUAGUAAACUCAGUGAAUAACCAUUUCAACAAAGCUAAUAUUCAUAUAUUUGAGGACAAAGAGCAGUCUUUUUCCUCUAUAGAUACAGAUGUUGUGGAUGAACUUGUCACUUCAGUUUAUAGGAAUGUUUUAGAGCAGCAUGGGCUAAACCCUGGCAUUGAUAAUGAGCCAGAAAAUAGUGAUUUUUUUGUAGAAAAUAUUACUAAAUUAAUUGUAGUGGCUAUUUCAAACUACCUUCUUCAUCCGUUGUUUUCUGGUGAUUUGUCACCUUCUUUCUAUUCUAAUUCAAUAGCUGAGAAUAUUGUUGGUGACCUACUUAGUAACAUCAGUACAUCUAUCAAGUUGAGCCAGAGUUUACCACCAUAUAAUACCUUACUGCCAUACACAUUUUUAGAAGAUAUGAUUAGAGUACUAUUAUCUAGAUUCUUUCCUUCUGCGUCUAGCAUAGUUCCAAACAGAGAAACUCCAAAAGAUAAAUCAAUAGUGAAUUUUAAUGAAAUUGCUUCUAAUCUAAUCAGUGAUAUUAGGAAGAAAAUUUCCCAACAUGAAAUUCGAAUUUCAAAAGAUGAAGAAGAAACAAAAUUUGUUUAUUCAGAAGAUGAUGUUCAGCAUCUUGUAGACUCAGUAUUUAAAAAUAUUUUACAACACUCUGCCUCUCAGCAAUCAGUGGAGCAAAAUAUUACAAGCAGUGAUGAAGCUUUUAUUGACAGAAUAGCAGGUUUUAUCAUUAAACAUAUCUGUGAACAGCAUCUUCAGCCAUUUUUGGAUAGAAAGUCAUUAUCUUCUUCCUCAUACACAUGUGUUGAUGACGAGAGACAGCAGUUUUCUUAUGCCAGUGUUUAUUCCUCAACUUUUUUGGAAGAUGUGGUCUCUGGGGUUUUAAGCAGAAUAUUCCACAGGGUGGUAGGCAUUGUACAGAUGAAAUCAGUGAGGAAUUCAGAAGAUGAACUGUUUGAUAAAGCUGAAAACCUCAUACAUUUGAUCACAGAAGAAUUCUCAAGAGCCCAAGUUACCGUUAUAGAUAAUGCUGAGGAACGAUUGCACUUGCCUUUAGUGGAGAGAGAUGUAGUCAAAAACAUUAUUGACACAGUGUACAGCAAAGUUUUAGAAGAAUAUGAAAUGGAAAUUAUGCCUGAUAAAGAUUUUCUAAAUGAUUCAAAGACAUUGGCCAUGAGGGUAACUAAAAUCAUCUUGGCUGAAAUUUUUGAUUUCCAAAUUCAUCCAGAUCUUCUAGCAAAUCUGCCUCCUAAGUCAUAUUCUAAGCUUAGUGAAAUUGUUUUGACAAACAGAGCCCAAUAUGAUAUUAGUAAGUCAAGAUUCAGAAGGCAGGCUUCAACAACAUAUACUACUUUGUUAUCACAUUUUCAUUUGGAAAAAAUAGUCACUCAGCUUAUUUCUCAAAUUAGUCCAUUGUCCUCCAGUGCAGAACAUCCAGAUACUCCCCAAUCAGACUUAAACAAUACAGUCAUAAAACUGAUCAAUGAAAUCAUGUCAAUAAUUUCUAAACAUGCAAUAUGUAUUACUAAACAUGGGAAUGGAAAACAAAGUAUGAUUUCAGAAAAAGAUAUUCAAUCCAUGGUUGAUUCCAUUUAUGCUGAUCUUUCUCACUCAGAUCUAUAUCAGUCUCUCACAAAGGAUAAAACAGGUAUAAAGAGCAUACCUGUUUCAAAAAUGGCAAGUUUCAUAAUAAAAGAAAUCUUUAACCAUCAUUUACAGUCAUUUUUAUAUGGUGAUAAAACUCUCCUUUCAGCUUCAGUUGUUCAAACAAACAAACAGAAAGCAACAGAUACUAAAAAGAGAGAAUUGUCAUUCAUUGUAAAUUCGGCUGUCUUUUUGGAGGAAGUAAUUUCUGAGCUGUUAUGCAAAAUUCUUCAUGCAUUCACAGACUCACAUGUCUUAUCUGAUGAAAAUCCAGAUACACCAAAAGCUGAAAUUACUGAUAUUGUCACAACAUUAGUGAAAUCAAUCAUUCUGGAGUUCACCACAUCAGAGAUUUUAGUUGCAGAUAACUUGGAUGAAGAUUUGUGUUUGUCAGAAGAAUAUAAAGAAGUGGUUCAAAAAACAGUCAAUUCAGUUUACGAAAAAAUAUUAGAUGAAUAUAAGUCACUGGUUAACAUUUAUAGGGCUUUACAAAGUGAUACCACUUGUUUUGGGGGGAAAAUGUAUCAUUUUCUGUUGGAAGAAAUUUAUGAUUAUCAGGUACAGUCAUUAAUUUCAGGAGAAUUAAUGCCUUCUUCCUAUUCUUCACCUCGAGCUGAUAACAUCAUCAGAAAUGUGCUCAACUUCAUCUUGAAGGAUAGUAAUGCCUUGCCAUCAUGUAUCACUGUGUUCCCUCAUUCUCUUUUGGAAGAUAUGAUUUACAAACUUCUAGUGCACAUCUUCCCUUCAAAUGGCAUUGCAAAUGAAGUAAAUGAGGAAACAGUUACACCAGAUGAUGAGUUUAUGGAUGCAGCUUCAAAACUGACUGAUGAAAUUAUAAAAGAAAUUUUUGAACAUGAGAUCCGACUUGCCACAGCAGAGGAGAAUGCAGAAAGUAUGCAAUUAGAAGCUAUUGAGAAUUUCAUUGACUCCGUAUGUAAUAAUAUUAUGAAAAAAUCUGAAUUCCAAGCUGCAGUAAAGAAAGAUGCAAACAAAAAAAGAAGCUCAUUUCUCAGUAAAAUAGCUGGCUUCAUUAUGAAAGAAAUCAUGGAUCAUCACUUAAGACCAUUUUUGUUUGGUGAAGAAUCAUCUUCCGUUAACUUACCUGACUAUGGCCAUGCCUCUGUAGUUGCUAAAUCUGGAAAAGAAAAGAUACAGCCUUCCCUGUUUUCAGCUACAUUUUUGGAAGAUGUAAUUGUUGACCUUGUUUACAAAUUUUGUUCUUUCCCAACUGUUACUGAAGAUUCUAAGAAAAAAGAAAUGCCAGAGACAGAUAUUGUAGGCUUAGCAAUCAAAUUUGCAAAUUCUCUUAUAGGGGAAUUUAGGAAAAGUGAUAUUAAAGUUUUACCACAUGCUGAAGAAAUAUUUUCUUUUCCACCAAUUGAUAAAGAGACAGUUGAAAAAAUAUCCAAUUUUGUGUAUGAUCAGUUCAUAGGGAGUCAAUCUAAUGAUAUUCAGAAAGAUGAUAAAAGUAAUAUUGUUAUAGAAAUGAUUUCUGCUUUAGCCCAAAAGGCAAUUUCUGCUUUUAGGAUUCAACCACUAUUCUCAGGAGACUGGUUUUCAACCUUCUUUUCAUUUCUUAAACCUGAUAACAUCACCCAAAGGGUUCAGCGCUUACCACAAAAACCUUCUAUGCAGAUAACUAGAUCCUUGAAAGGGAAGCAACUUAUUUUACCAGAACAAUCAUAUAAACAUACUUCUUUAAGCUGGGAUCAAAAAAAUACCAUGGGUAGUUUAGAAACAGAUAAACAGUCAAUGGGUAAGAAGAGAAGUUUCAACACUAAAGACACAUCAAUGAAGAAAAGUGAUAUCCAAGAUCCAAUAUUUACCUCUAUAAACACCAUUAUGAAAACCAACAUGAUUAACCUGAUAUCCGGGUCAGCUGCAGGAGUGGCAAAUAAAAAGAAGGAGGGUGAAAAUAAACCAGAAACUUCUACUAAAAAAUAUGAGAAUGUAUCAAAUGUUUCUUAUACAACUACCAGUGUGAAAAGUAUGGAGACUCAAGAGCAAGAUUUGAGUGAAACACUUAAAAGUAAUGAAAUUGAGAAGGAAAAAUCAGCUCCAAGUGAGCAGGGACAGGUUGAUGAUGAGAUAUACAAACAUUUUUCAGUUGCUACUAUUGAUACAGAGUAUGAGAAGGAAAUGUUUGAAUCGGAUUCUGAAAUAGACAAUGAAGAGAAUAUUGACAAUAGCAGUACAAGUUUAAUAAAAAGAAAUGACAAGAUCAUCCAGUUGUCUUCUUUGAAGCCCAACACAAGAAAUAUGGGGACUACAACAGAGAAAACUUUAAAAAUAAUUGAAAAGCCAAGCAAUAAAAAGAAAGACCGUCAAACUCAAGUAGAUAUGGCUGAGGAGCAAUACUCCGAUUAUGAAUGUGUUCAAAAUGUCAUUGAAAAUAUUUAUGACAAUGUUUUAAUAAUAUCCUCUUCUCAAUCAGAAGUUUCAAAACGCAGAUACAGCAAAAGCUCCCUAGGUGAUAAAUCACUAAACACAAUUCAUGAGCUUAGCAAAGAUUCUACACAGUCUGUUACUACAAGUGACUUAUCCUCAAUUAAUGAAGUACCUGCCAAAAAGAAAGAAAAGGAAGAGAAAGAGAGAGAAAGAGAGAAAAUGAAUGAAAAGGAGAGAAAAGGGGAGAAAGAGCAUGAGAAAAAAAAAGGAAAAGAGAAAGUAAGAAACAAAGAGAUUAAAAGUAAACCUAGUAAAGUAGAUCAUCCAGAGAAACCAUCAGAAAGUAAACCUAGAAUUUUUCCUGCUAAAUUUCUAGAAGAUGUUAUCAUUGAAAUGGUGAACAAAUUAAUUUUUUCUUCCUCACCUAAAACAGAUAUAUGUGAUAAAUGCUCAGAUGUACACAAUGUUCAAAAUCAAGGUGAACUCUACGACACAGCUAUGAAACUUAUUGAUUCACUGUUGAAGGAGUUUUCAGAUGCUCAAAUUAGGGUAUUUAGACCAGAUAAGGAAACUGAGUAUUUGUCACAUUCAAGCAAAGAGUCUGAAGUUCAUGAAAUACUUCCAAGGUAUAAGGAACCAACUACAAAUGAAGCAUCAUCCAGCAUUAAAAUGAAAAUUAUGGAUAAAAUGCCACAUACGCAUAAAGCAACCAAAAAAGCCUCUGCUGAUAAGAUACUUUCAAUAGAUAAGGUACCAGAAAUUGAUAAAACAUUGGUUAAUAAAAUUGUUCACUCUUCUAUUUGCAAUAUUUUGAAGGAAUGUAGUUCUCAAGAAUCUAUUUGUGAGAAUGUCAACAGUAAUGGGGAAAAUUUAGCAAGAAGUCUAACUACUUCAGUGAUAAAUGAAAUUUUUCAACAUCAGCUUAACUUGAUGUUUUGUGAUGAGGUUCCAGCGUCAGCCUGUUUGCCUCUGGAAUCUAAAGAUGUUGUUAAACAGGUCCAAAAGGUGGCCCAAACAGCCAGCAAGGAAUGUCAGACAUCAUCACCCUAUACCAUUAUGUUGCCAUACAAAUUUUUAGAGGAUGCAGUUUCUGCUCUUUUGUCAAAAAUUUUCCCAACAAUACCUAACACCAACACCACAUCAAAAACAUCUGAGGACAAUUUGUACACAGAACUUGAAUUUCUUCAAAUGAAGUUAGUAAGUACAGUUGCAGCUGAGAUUUCCAAAGAUGAAGAUAUGAUUAUACAGUAUGUAGAAUCCUUACAUCCCAAUGAUGAUGAAAUUAUUCAAUUAGUGGUUCAGUCUAUUUAUAAUAAUCUGUUGCCACAAUUUGGAUCACAGGAGAUCAUACAAAAUUGUGUGAUUAGUGGAUGCAGACUCCUUUCAGAAACCAUCAUUGACUUAGUUCUACGAGAAGUAGCUGGCAAUCAGUUGCAGAACUAUUUUUGUGGAGAGCUAACUCCACACCAGUGUGCAGAAGUUGACACUAUUGUUGAAAAUAUCCUUAGAGAUGUCAUCCUAACUACCCCACCUCCACCAGCACAUGCUCAUAAGCUGUCUUGUAACAUAAUAGAAGAAGUUGCUGUAAAAUUUUUAUCGAAGCUUUUAUCUACGUUUCCAAGGGUGCGUAAGGGAAGAACCAAAUCUCUAGAACCUGAAAUGAAAACAAUAACUUCAAAAAUAUUAAAUUCAUUCCAAGAAUUUAUCUCCAAAAGUAAGAUUAAACUUGUACAGCCAGCCAAGGAAUCAUCUACUGUACCUUUAGCUGACAAUGAAACUAUUGAAAAAGUAGUGAAUUCUGUUUAUACCAGUGUUUUAAAACACUCUGGCUCCCAUACAUCUAUUUUUAAAGACUUACUGGGUAAUAGCAAUGCACUCUCUGAUAUAAUAGGUUUUCUAAUGGUGAAGGAAAUUUCUAACUCUGAAUUUCAGCCUCAAGUAGAGGAAGAAGUAUCAAAUUCAGAAUUAGUUCUGGAAGCUGUCAAAAUACUGGAAAAGGUGGUCAAAAUUAUUGAUGAACUCAAGUCCCAGGAAAAGUCUUCACCCAGAAAAUGUUCUGCGUCCGAUGCCCAGGUUGUAGAGGAAGCAUCGGCCUUGUUCUUGGCUAAACUGCCAAAGUUGCCAAGUGCUGCAAGUAAAGAUGCAAAAAUCUUAUCAAAGCCUGAGUUAGGUAAAAUUGCAUCUCAACUGACAAAAUCUGUAUCAGCUGAAAUUUCCAGAAGUAACAUUAGUCUUGUAGCUUCUGAUCCUGAGGAACAUCCUUUAAAUACAGAAAAUAUAGAAUUGGUUUCUCAACCUGGAGCCCUUAAAGAUCUUUAUGACACAAGAGGUUCACAUAUAGCGUUCCCUAAAAAGGUGGCAAGCUUAAUUGUUGAUGGGAUCUCAAGUGUUCCGUUAUAUCAAGCUAACUCAGAUAAUGCAUAUGGUGAUCUCUUUGGAGAUUUGGACAUCAAUAGAAUCGUUGAAAAGGCACAAAACCAUGUUGAGAAAAUCACCUCUGACACUGACAAAGAACAGUCAGAUGAAGAUGUAUAUGAAGAAAUUCCAGUUAAAAUAGUUCCGCACGUUGGGAGCAAACCAAUCAAAAUAGAUCCAAAUAUUAUUGCAGAACACUUAGCGGUCAUUUCUGUAAAAACUCAACCUCUUGAGAAACUUAAGAUGGAAUGUUUAAAAAGAACUGGACAUAGCAUAGCAGAACUAAGAAGAGCAUCAAUAAGUGGGAGAAGUUACUCCUCAGUCUCAUCUGAUUUACAAGGGAGAAUGAAAGAAAGACGUACCUCAUUGGACAGGACAGGACGACUGGAUUUAAAACCCUGUGAGGCUGUUUGCAGAAAUUCAUUUCCUAAUAUAAGAAAGCCUGAUAUCACCAAGAUAGAGCUUUUAAAAGAUGUUCAAAAUAAGAAAGAUCUGAUUAUUCGGUUAGUAGCUCAUGAUAUCCAUCAAGUCUCAGUAACUAACUCAGGAGAGGAACUCGUUUCUGAUGAAGAAGAAAUCAUUUUAGGAGAGGUUGUGGCACAAGACGGCUUACGAAAACCAACUGAAGCUGAACUGGAAGAAGUCAUGAAGCCUCCAGAAAGCAAAAUUGUUUCUCCCAAGCCAACAAUCAGCACAAAGAGCUUGAGAAAAAUUUUAUCACUAAGCAAUUGUUGUCAGUCCGGUUCAAAUAUUGAAAAUACUGAAGCAGCCACAAACAAGACAGUAGAAUCUAAAGCGACACUUGUUAAAAGAGCUAUUGCUGAGCUUGACAUGGCCUCUUCAAAAAGCUUGGCUGAAGCAAGUGCUUCUUGUCAGGAGAAAAAGUCAAAAAGUAAGAAAGAAGAAAGGAGUCUCAUUUCUGAACCAACACAUUACUUCAUACACAGAAUUAUGAGUUCGUCUUCUUAUAAUCAAGAAGAUCUUAUUUCAUCUGCCAG